AAAUCGUUACUUUACUUGAAAAGUGUGAUCAGGAGAUAUUUGAUGGCUACAAAGAUUACAAAUCGAUAUUCAGCGAAGAGAUGAUAAAGACAAUUGAUGAUGUUUCAGAACAUGUCAUCGAAAUGUUGCAGGAGGAUGGAAGUGGGUUAGUGGUGUUUAGCGGGUGUGGAACAUCCGGUCGACUAGGAUUUAUGGUGGCCAGAACGUUCAAUGAACUUCAACGUGAGCGGAAACGUCCGGAAAUAUUUCGGUACCUGAUUGCUGGUGGUGACAAAGCUUUAUUCACGUCGCAAGAGGCACCCGAAGAUGAUCCCCAUGCAGGCAUCGAGGCACUUAAAAAGAUAUCAGAAGGAAAGGACCGUGUAUUGUAUAUAGGUAUAACUUGUGGCUUAUCAGCACCUUUCGUUGCCGGGCAACUAGAAUACUGCAUGGAUAAUUCCAAAUUUGUACCUGUCCUUCUAGGUUUUAACCCAGAACAUUUAGCCAGAAAUAUCAAAAUAGAAAAUUGGGAUAAAACAUUUUUGCAAGGUAACUAUAAUCUGUCACCUGAUCCAAUAACAGGAUCGAGUCGGAUGAAAUGUGGGACAGCUACGAAACUUCUUCUUGAGACAAUCUGUUUGACUGGACUCCUGGACAUGUAUCACUCCGAGGAGAAUAUGUAUGUUAAAUACCCUGUAUUUGUUCCAUGGCUAUUAAAAUUUCCUGUUGAUACUUUCUAUGCUGCCAAUUGUUUUAGAUUCCCAUGUGCCUGUAAGAAAUCAAAAUUUGUAUAUUGUUUGUUCAUUGAAUCAUUAAUUGCAUACACUGCACCUAUAUUUUCAACACAUUUCCGAGGAGAGAUACAUAUGGUUUUCAUCUUUAGUUUUAAACUUUCUUUGAGCAGUCUUCGCUCGGGAGGAAACAUUUAUUACAUUGGAGAUGACAGUUUGGCCAUCAUGGGUCUGAUUGAUGCCUCAGAAUGUCCGCCCACGUAUGGUGCCACUUUAGAUGAUGUUCGGGGAUUUGUGGCCAAUGGUUAUAAAACGUUGCAAAAUGUGGAAGGAGAUCUGUCGCACCUGGCAAGUUACUUACAUUAUAUCAUGAGUGAAACAAUUUAGUCAUGCUAUCAAACCUCCUAAAUUUAGCUUACUUAUGUGUAAACAAUAUAUUUACUUUGACUGCUGAAAUAUUUGUUGAAAUAAUAAUGAUAAACAUUCAUAUUAUUGGAAGUGAAAUUUAAAAAAAAUAUCCUUACACGUUCUGUAUGUUUAUACACGAGCAUUUUCUAUGUCUUUUAAGGAGCAAGCUCUAUGUCCAUACAUAGACAAUGUCUAUACACAAGCGAGCUCUAUGUCUAUACAAGUGUAAGUUCUAUGUUCAUACACGAACAAGUAUUAUGUCUAUUCACGGGCAUGGUCUAUGUUUAUUCAUGAGUAAGUACUUUGCCCAUACACGAGCAAGCAUCAUUUUUAAACACAAGCAAUUUCUAUGUAUAUACACGACAAAGUUUUAUG